AUUUUUUUUCUCUCUCUCCUCUCGAAAUUGACAAAUUUGUUCUCUACGGCACCCCGCGGCCGAAUCCCACGAGGCGGAGCUCAUGGCCGACUCGUGUCGCCUCCCCGCCCGCAACUCAUAUUCGCCGGCCAUGUGCCCGCCCCUCCUCCGCUUAGUUGUCAUCUCUCCCCCAGCUGUCCCUCUUCCCCCACUCCACGGCCCCAAAGGUCGCUCCUUUGUAAGAACUCCCCCUCCCCUCCCCACGAUGGCCAUACGCAAAAAAUCCUAAUUUCCCCUCGCCAAUCCCAAUCCAUAUGAGGUCGGAGGAGAACCCUAAGAAGCAGAGGAAAUGCUGCUUGCUGAGGCAGUCGAGGAAGGGCUGCAUGAAGGGGAAGGGCGGUCCGGAGAACCAGACCUGCCCCUUCCGAGGCGUGCGCCAGCGGACCUGGGGCAAGUGGGUGGCCGAGAUCCGCGAGCCCAACCGCGGCGCCCGCCUCUGGCUUGGCACCUUUCCCUCCGCCCUCGAGGCGGCCCAGACCUACGACAACGCCGCCCGCACCCUCUACGGCGACUGCGCCCGCCUCAACCUCCACGCUCCGUCUCCGCCCCUCCCCAAGUUAGAGCGCGCCUGCUUGUCCGCCACCUGUUCGACGGAAGACGCCAGUGCCAGCGAGUCGGUGGCGAGCUUCCCUGGGAUCCCUGGAUCGUCGGCGGGCUAUUUCUGCGGCGGGGAGUUGGACGACUUGGACGAUUACGUGACGAGGUUACCUAAAGCAGGGAACUUUGGACUCGAAGCUUUCGUUCCGCUCUUCGACGACGACAGCGUUGGGUGGUCGGAGGUAGAGUCUGUGCCGGAAUUGAUGAACUCUGACGAAAUGCAAUUGUCUUGGUGUUCUUGAACGGGCACCUUCCUCGUCUCCAAAACCAAAACACGUCCUCUCUGGAUAUGUCCGCAUGGCUUUAAUCAGUGGUUAUAGAACUGCUUUAAGAAGAGAAAAAACGGUGUAAAGUUUACAGCAAAAGAUGAAGAAUCUACUCGCGGUAGUAGCAGUGGAAGUGACGCUGAUAAUCUAUUCAAACUGUUAAACUCUUGGUGUUCGUCACUAUAGAUAAGCAAACAAUGUUUCAGAAAACAGCGCAAAGAUGUCUUUAUUUUACAUCAGAAAAUUAUCUGCUAGGAAUGAAAUAUGCAAUUCCUCUGAAAUAAUUGUUACGAUGCUAUAAUUAUGGUCAUGAAAAGUGACGUCUGUUGCAGCCAGUAGUUCGACUGGUUUGGUGUCGGUCGGUGUAGUUAUUGCUGCUUCACAUCACAUGACAUCCAUGGAGAUUUGAAAUCUUGUUCAACAGCAGACAAGUCGGGGAACUUCGUAAUAAAGCUUGUGUUAGUUGAGGACUUUGCACUUUGUUAUGUGGCCUAGAAUGUCCUAUUUCAACUACUUCAUUUAGUGUUUCGGUGACUGGUAUCAGCAA